UACUAAGUUCGAUAUCAAUCUUCCGACUGCGGCAACGACGUCCUUGUUGCUUUUUUCCUGAGGGGUUUAUUUCAAUCAGAGCGCUUAGCUUCUCCUCUCUCUUUGGUUAACUCGUCUGGAACGAGGACCGAAAAAGUGUGAAAGUGUGGAAACUUCGCAUACGUCUUCAAGCGCCGUGCAAAGCAAACCAUGUCAAAAAGUCCGUUCAAUGCGUAUAACUCCACGUCUCUAGCGGACGUCAAAGACGGUCGUUGGGAUACAGCCUCUGCACCAAGACCUCCAUCAUUAUCCUAUGAAGACGUGCCGGCAUAUACAUCUCAUGCAUCCACUCCCCUCCCCGAAAAAGGCGGCGUAGAAAGAUUAGCAGGUCAACAUCAUCACGGAGACCCAUUUCAUGACGAUGAGUUUGGCCUAAGGAGAGACGAGCCUGCAGCUAGGGGUGUAGGAACGUAUACCACUUACAACACAGCAGAUGCCUAUGAUGCAUACGAAACUCAGUCUUCUCAAGAUUCCCACCAGAUUCGUCCAAAUCCAUCAGCACCGACGCCGUCUCAUUACACUCAACGUUCCGUAUCUCAAUCAGAAUGGUCUUCGUAUCCUCCUAUCACGUCCCAACCUCCAUCUUCGUCCACUCAUGAUCAGUUCGUUGUCGGCCUAGCCGUUGGGAGCGGAGCCGUGAUACCGGUGGGGCGUGAUGGUGAUAGCGAUGUCGGUGGUGGUGUGGGAAGAGCGGGAAGGGCGGGAAGCGGAGCGUACCUUCAAGUCGAUGAGAUUCAAGAGGAAGAAAGAACCCCUGAUGCGUUUAGAGAGUCGUUUAGGUCGGAUGAUUCGCUUGUGCAGCAUGCGGAUGAAACCAGUGCAUUGAAGGACCUUGAAUAUGGAGCUGGUGGGGUCGGGUCUGGAGCGAUAGGCAGGGGAGCGUUAGAACCUUUGAAUUACGAAGACGCUCCAAACGGGGGAGCAACAACGACGUCACGAAAUCUUUCCUCAGACCCCACCAAGAAGUCGCCCCUCUUCGAUAGACUCAUCGGGACGCCCGAGGGUCGAUACCCACUUGAACAACGAAUCGAAGCGAAGAAGAGGGGAAUUGGGAAGCAGAAAGUUGCGAUUGUUUGUUGGACAUUGACGGCGGUGAUGGUCGGGCUUAUGAUUUGGGAGUUGGUUUAUAAUUGGAGACAACAAGGAAGUCCAUUUGCGUUUAAGCCUAGUGUGAAUCCGAUGCUUGGUCCGAGUCAAUUCGGAUUGGUUCAUCUCGGUGCGAGGUGGCCGCCUUGUAUGCGGUAUGUUCCUCAGAUACCCCUCAACAUUUCAAUAGCAUGCCCGAACAACACUGCCAAUCCGCCCACGUCCAUUUGUACUAUUGAGCAAAUAUGCGGAUUCGGAGGGUUUCACAAGAAGGAACCUGACCAAUGGUGGAGAUUCAUCACACCCAUCUUCUUACAUGCGGGUCUCAUCCAUUUGGCGUUCAAUAUGUUCGCUCAGUGUACGCUUUCGGCUCAAGUAGAAAGGGAAAUGGGAUCUGUGGCGUUCAUCAUUCUGUACUUUGCGGCCGGGAUAUUUGGAAAUGUUCUUGGAGGGAACUUUGCGCUGGUGGGGUUACCUUCACUCGGUGCCUCUGGAGCUAUUUUCGGGACGUUGGCUGUGAUGUGGGUUGAUUUGUUUGCUCAUUGGGGAAUCGAGUAUCGGCCUGGACGGAAGCUCUUCAUGCUCAUUCUUGACCUCAUCGUCGGUAUCGGAAUAGGAUUCAUACCAGGCGUGGAUAACUUUGCGCAUCUGGGUGGGUUCCUGAUGGGUUUGUUGUGCGCGAUGAUUUUUUACCCCGUUGUGAGCACAACGAAACGACACCGCAUCAUCAUGUGGAUCGUGAGGAUCGCGACGAUCCCUUUGGUGGUGAUAUUGUUCGUGCUACUCAUUAAGAAUUUCUAUAAGGAUAACCCGUUCGCUGCAUGUUCGUGGUGCAGAUACCUGUCCUGCAUUCCUACAGCUUCCAACAAUAGAUGUCAAGGGUACGUCGUGUUUCUACCUCUCUUCUCUAAUGUGAUCAUCCAAAUUGACCCCCCCUAUCUGUUCUUGAAUGAUCUCUUACAUGUCCAUUUAUAGGACUGGUCUAUCGAUCUCGACAACGACAAGUCCAACCCGUUGAGAUUUAC